AUGCCAGCAACACUGCAGUACACUCGAUCGCGACCACGGCGGCGGUCGCUGGAGGCGUUGAUUCAGAAGGGCGAUAAGGCCAUCGCUGGGUCGCUUGAGGACACAACAAUUCCGUCCCUCCACAACUCGUCCUGUAGCGACGGCAUUGCAGUGGAGCCUCCGUCCUCGUCGUUGGUCUCCGACAUAAGCAGUAGUAGUAGUAGCAGCAGCAGCGAGGAGUCCUCCUCGUCUCUGUCGUCAUCUGAUUCCAUUGAUGUUGACGAGAGCGAGGACGGCGGAGAGACGGAGGAAGACGAGUCUGACGAACUGGACGAAGACUCGAGUGCUGGCUCAGAGUCGUCAGUGGAGGUGACCAUUGAGAUUCCGGCGGAAGGAGCGCCGGCACCCGACUUGGGUCAUGACACCAAAGCUUUGGAGCAGCGCCUGUCUCACCCUUUCCUCCCAAGCGACCACGAAGAGAUCUUGAAGCCCCUCAAUUCGGCCCCGGGUGGUGAUUCCAACUCAAUAGCCUCUAGAACGGAAGAAAAAUACUUCAACCCAGGUCAGAGACAACUCGGUCAGGGGCAUCUCGGUCAGGGACAUCUAGCCCAAAGUCUUUCGGGUGCAGAUCACGACCGGGUGGGUUCAGACCGGGUAGGUUCAGACCGAGUGGGUCCAGACCGCGUGGGUUCAGACCGACUCGAUACCCCCUCCGGCUCAAGCCAUCCACCAUCAAGCCAUCCCCCGGCUAGCCACAUAAGUGGCUCAACGGAUGUGCGAGACAGGAGCCAGUUGCCGGACGGCCCUUCCAGCGACCGGCAGCGGCGACGGCCGUUACAGCAGCAACUGUACGGGAACAUCAGCCUGGACGAGCUGUACGACCAGCUCCACUCCGUGCUGCAGGAAAUCGACGACCUGCGGCACACCAUAGAGAGCUCCAAUUCUCAAGCACCUGUCGGCCAGACAACUGCCAGCCAGGCGGCUGUUGUCCAGGUCGAGGCUGGCCCGGCGCCUGAGGACGUGAGGGCGGCAGUGACCGCCGUGAGGGCGCGCGGUGAGGAAGCGCUACGUCUCGGAGAGUCUGCUGUGGGCCGCUAUGUCUCGCGCCGGUUGCGAUUGACCCCUUCGCUCGAACAGUUCGCGCAGCAGCGUGGCCAGUCCGGUGCGCUCUUCGACCAACUGCAGCAGCGUGCCCUCAGCACCUUUCCGCGAGUUCCAGGCGCCACUCCCGCAACAACCACCUUUCCGACAGCCACUUUUCCGGAAGGCGCGCAUCACCACUGCAACCGGCGUCUGAGCAAACAGACGAGCUUCCACCUCCACCGGGGGGCGCUGGGAGCAGGACCCGACUCUGCGGCACGCUUUGACAAGACGCUGGCGGAACGGACGUUGCCCGACCGGAUGUUGCCGGACCGGACGUUGCCGGACCGGACGUUGCCCGACCGGACGCUGCCGGACCGGAUGUCGGGUGAGCAACAGUUCUUGUCCUGCCGAAACUGCUCACGGAACUUCUCGUCACCGCGAAACCUGGAGUACCACGAGAAGCUCUGCAGGGCGGCACUUAGCAGAGAUGAGGACUCCUCACCGCCUACCUUCGCUUCGAGCGGCGGCACGAAACGUCUCCCCUGCAAACAUUGCGGUCGGGCCAUGACGGAGAAGGCUCUUGCACACCACGAGAAAGUCUGCAUCAAGAUCUUCGGCGGAAAAGCCCGGCCCCAGGUUCCAGACCACUCGACCAGGAGCAGGUCCUGA